AUGGCGGACGGGCAGCCGGGUCCCGCCUUGGACUGGGAGAUCGACGUGGAGAGCCUGGAGCUGGAGGAGGACAGCUGCGGGGCACCGCCGCCAACGCCGCCCGGGCCCAGCCCGCCGCCUGCCUACGAGGACGACGACGACGCGGAGGACGAGGACGACGUCGACGCGGAGGACGAGGGCGACGGGGAGGAGGCGGCCGCAUCCCCAGGGUUGCCGGAGCGGCCGGAGCGGCAGGGAGCCCUGGCGCCAAGGCCGCCCGCGGCGCCGCAGGCCUCGCAGGCGCCCGCGGGGCCCCCGGAGCGCGGCGCGAACGCGGGCGGCGGCGCGGAGCCGCGCAAGCUCAGUCGCACGCCCAAGUGCGCGCGCUGCCGCAACCACGGCGUGGUGUCCUGCCUCAAGGGCCACAAGCGCUUCUGCCGCUGGCGUGACUGCCAGUGCGCCAACUGCCUGCUGGUGGUGGAGCGGCAGCGCGUCAUGGCCGCCCAGGUGGCGCUCCGGAGACAGCAGGCCACGGAGGACAAGAAGGGGCUUUCUGGGAAACAGCAUAAUUUCGAGCGCAAAGCAGUGUACCAGAGGCAAGUCAGGGCACCCAGUUUGCUGGCCAAAAGCAUUUUAGAAGGCUACCGCCCCAUUCCGUCAGAGACUUAUGUGGGAGGGAGUUUACCUCUACCUCCCCCAGUAAGUGACCGGAUGAGGAAAAGGAGGGCCUUUGCGGAUAAAGAGUUGGAGAACAUUAUGCUGGAGAGAGAAUAUAAAGAGAGGGAGAUGUUGGAAGCUUCCCAAGCUGCUGCCUUAUUCCUGCCCAACCGCAUGGUGCACGGUUCUGAGUACAGCUCCUACAAAAGUGCCUACAGCCCCACCCCAGUGGAACCACCAAGCAAGGACUUGUGCAGUUUUUUGCCCACCUGCCUUGAUCUCACCAUGCAGUAUUCAGGCUCUGGGAAUAUGGAACUAAUUUCUUCCAAUGUCAGCGUGGCCACGACUUACAGACAGUAUCCCCUAUCCUCGAGACUUUUAGUUUGGCCCAAGUGUGGCCCUAUUAGUGACACCCUCCUCUACCAGCAGUGCCUGCUGAAUGCUACCACGUCAGUUCAGGCCCUGAAGCCUGGGACCAGCUGGGACUUGAAGGGAGUGCGACUGCAGGAUGGACUUGCAGCAGAUCAUGACAUGAUGCCACCAAAAUUGGAAGGCUCUCUGGUGCUGCCUCACACUCCUGAGGGCCACAUCUUAAGAAGUGACCUGCAGGGUCACCAGGCCCUCCCAGAGAGGUCUGCGUUCUCCCCACCCCGACGGAAUUUCUCGCCCGUUGUUGACACGGACACCAUGGCAGCUCAAGGGCACGUCUUAACCAAGAUCAGCAAAGAAAGCACCAGGCACCCUCUGCCACUUAAACAUAAUCCAUUCCACUCAUUAUUCCAACAGACUCAUAAUGACAAAUCAGGUCCCGAGUUGAAAACAUCAUCUGUCAAAGAGGCCUUUGAAGAGGCCCCUAAGAAACCCAGGGAGUGUUUAGUCAAGGAGAACCAGAAAUACACAUUUACAAUAGAUAGAUGUGCAAAAGACCUUUUCGUAGCCAAACAAGUCGGAACAAAACUCUCAGUGAAUGAGCCCCUGUCAUUUUCUGUUGAGUCUAUUCUUAAGAGGCCUUCAUCUGCCAUCACUCAUGUCUCUCAGUGA